ACACAAAUAUUUGUUAUGAUUUUCUAGAUGUCUUCUGCUGUGUCAAUGGCCCCGCCUUCUUCAUACCUGUGGGCAGGGCAGGUGUGGUUUUAAUGUAGUUCAACUCAGAGGCAAGUCGUCCGGUUCCCAGCUGCGGAAAUCAGCCGGAUUUAAUGGCUGGCGAAAAAGAGUCGGAUGUCCAACCAACUGUGUAUUCUCAAAAAACACCUGUCCGAAAUGUGUGCGGCACGUCUGCGUUUACGAUCAUUGACAAGACAACAUUAUGGCCACGGCCGCUGGCCCGAACAUGGACGCUGAUGCUGUUGUUGGUCACAUGCCUUCUCUAUUGGGCACGGAUGGCCAUGCCAAUCUGUGCCGUCACCAUGGCGAAACAGUUUGGAUGGAGCAAGACAGAAACUGGCAUGGUACUGGGGGCUUUUUUCUGGGGUUACUGUUUUACUCAAGUACUUGGAGGCCAUGCUGGUGACAGUAUUGGAGGAGAGAGGGUAUUGCUUCUAUCCACAUCAUGCUGGGCAGCCAUGACAGCUAUAACCCCGCUGUUGGCCAACAUAGGUGUUCGACCCCUUGUUACCAUGGCGAUGGCUCGGUUUCUGAUGGGUGUAAUGCAAGGGGUUCACUUCCCUUCUCUCGCCAGUGUCUGUGCUCAGCGUGUAGCAGUUGGAGAGAGAGGAUUUUUGAUGAGCACUUUAGCAUGUGGCUGCUACCUAGGGAUGCUGUUGGUUGGAGGUGUGGGUUCGCUGAUGCUGGAUUGGUUCGGAUGGGAGAGUGUGUUUUACGGAGCUGGUCUCCUUGCUGCUUGCUGGACCUUUUAUGUAUGGAAAUGUCUUCUGCGAGGUCCAUUUUUUUCCUUUAACUCUCCGCGGGACUCUGUGACUGAAGCCCAGCCAGCGGCCUCCAGAACCCGCUGGCUGUAUUUGCUCAAAGAACCAUGCGUCUGGGCCAUGAUCAUUGCCCAUCUCUGCUUCAGUAGCACCUAUUACACCCUCAUGUCAUGGCUACCCACUUUCUUCAAAGAGACAUUUCCUCAUGCCAAGGAUUGGGUGUUUAAUAUGGUGCCUUGGUUUGUGGCUAUGCCCUCUUCGCUGUUUGGUAGCUGCAUCUCUGAUCAUCUCAUUAAGCAAGGUUUUGGGACAGCGACUGUAAGAAAAAUAAUGCAGUUCUGUGCUAUGGGAAUUGCCAGUGUGUUCAUCUUCCUUGUCUGUAAGACAAGCAACUUUCUUCUAGCUGUUGCUUGUGUGUCUAUGGCUGUUGGGCUCUCUACUUUUAAUAACAGUGGGGGUUCACUGAACGUGCAGGAUCUGGCACCAUCAUGUGCAGGAGCCCUGUUUGGGUUUAUGAACACAUGUGCUGCUUUUACUGGUUUGGUGAUGGUGUAUAUAUCUGGAUACAUGAUUGAGGUCACAGGUUCCUGGCUGACUGUGUUCUCACUCUUGGCUUUGGUGAACAUUAUUGGUGUCACUGUAUUCAUUGUGUUGGGUAAAGCUGAGCGAGUUGACGUGCUGGAUCAGCCUCAAAGCAUAUGAACAACUCUUUUUGUAAUAAAAAAACAAACAAACAAAAGAAACAGAAGAGCUUGGCAAGCAAAUUGAAAAGUAUUUGUUUAACAGAUGAGUGCAUCAGUGUUUUCAUUGGAACACAGCAAAGCACGUAAUGUGUGUAUACUGUAUUUAUAUAUGUAUGGUAUGUAUGUAUGUAUGUAUAUUAUAAUGUGUAUACAUUUUCUUUUAACUGUACCAUUAAUACAGUUUGCAGGAGUUGUUGGAAAUGAUGUGAUUAUCCUGUACAGACCACAAGACAAUGUUUCAUUCACAUUUUAUUUAUUUAUUUAUUAUUUAAAUGUUAUUUAAUAUGAAACAAGGUUAUUUUUUAACAUUUUUCUAAUAUAUUAAAUAAUUAAACUGUCAAUAUUAACUACCUGGCUUUAUGUAUGAUAAUA